UGCUCCUGUGGGAUGCAGAACGUUUGGAUUUUACUGAUUAUAUUUCUCAGUUGCUGCCAGUAAAAGAGGUAUUUUGUGCGUUUUUCGUAUUUCACGUUCAACAUGGUUAACUCGAGAGUCAUUGUGCACGGUGUUCGUAAAUGAACGUUUCUCCAUACUGGGAGUGGUCGUACCAGCUCAAUCGAAUAUAAAUUUGUAAAUAGAAAUAAUUAAAAUGAGAAUAUCGCUCGGUAUUCUACUCAAUACGCUUAAUAUCAUACACGGUAUAGCCGGAAUGAAAAUUUAUGAAGCAAAUCCUGAUACCAAGAGGCUUUACGAUGAUUUGCUGUCCAACUACAACAGACUUAUACGCCCUGUUAUCAAUAAUACAGAAACGUUAACAGUUUGGCUCGGCUUGAAGCUGUCGCAACUCAUCGAAAUGAACUUGAAAAAUCAAGUGAUGACAACGAAUGUCUGGGUGGAACAGAAAUGGUUUGAUUACAAACUACGAUGGGAUCCAGAAGAAUACGGCGGCGUGGAGAUGCUUUACGUGCCUUCCGAGAAUAUUUGGCUACCAGAUAUCGUAUUAUACAAUAACGCCGAUGGCAAUUACGAAGUAACGCUUAUGACGAAGGCAACUUUAAAAUAUACGGGCGAGGUAUCCUGGAAGCCGCCAGCAAUCUAUAAAUCAUCCUGCGAGAUUAACGUGGAGUACUUCCCGUUUGAUGAACAAUCGUGCAUCAUGAAAUUCGGCUCUUGGACAUAUAAUGGCGCUCAGGUGGAUCUUAAACAUAUGAAACAAGUACCUGGCAGCAAUUUGGUUGCAACAGGGAUUGACUUGAAAGACUUUUACUUAUCGGUAGAAUGGGAUAUUUUAGAAGUACCCGCGUCAAGGAACGAGGAGUAUUAUCCUUGUUGCAAGGAACCCUAUUCUGAUAUCACCUUUAACAUUACGAUGCGAAGAAAAACAUUAUUCUAUACGGUCAACUUAAUCAUCCCGUGCGUUGGUAUAACGUUCCUUACAGUACUUGUCUUCUACCUUCCAAGUGACUCCGGCGAAAAAGUGUCACUGUGUUCUUCCAUUCUACUCUCGCUGACAGUGUUCUUUUUACUACUAGCAGAAAUUAUACCACCUACGUCACUGGCCAUUCCGCUUUUAGGAAAAUACUUGCUAUUCACUAUGAUUUUAGUCACGUUAUCGAUAUGGAUCACUGUAUGCGUACUGAACGUUCAUUUUCGAUCACCGUCCACGCACAAUAUGUCGCCAUGGGUCAGACAAGUAUUCUUAAAUUGGAUGCCACGAAUGUUGAUGAUGCGUCGAACACCGUACUCGACCCCGGAAUAUGACGAUACGUAUAUGGAUAGCGGAUAUACCAAUGAAAUAGAUUUUAGCUUUUGUGAUAGCGUUAGCGACUACCCUCUGGAGUUAAAAGGAAGUCCAGAUGGCUUCGAGAGCGUCACCUCCCAGUAUAAGAAUAUAAGGGAGGAUGAUGCCCGCCAUAUUCCACACGCGUCAGUCACUGAUAGCGAAAAUACGAUGCCGAGACACUUGUCCCCAGAUGUCAUAUCAGCUCUUAAGGGUGUGCGCUUCAUUGCUCAACAUAUAAAAAAUGCAGACAAGGAUAACGAGGUUAUAGAAGAUUGGAAAUUCGUAGCCAUGGUUUUAGAUAGACUUUUUCUUUGGGUUUUUACAUUCGCAUGUAUCGGAGGUACGCUCGGCAUAAUAUGUCAAGCUCCAAGUUUAUAUGAUACAAGAAAACCUGUGGACCAAGAUCUUUCUGGAAUAUCACUUCGUAAUUAUAUGUACCCGAAUUCAGAAGAGAUUUUGCAAGAAGAAUAAAUUCUGAGAUAUAUAGAAUGUGCAAUUUAUGUACUAAAGUUGAAACAUAAAAGUAUUACAUUGUUAAUA